AUCUCUCCAUUCAAACAAAAUAGAGAUGACUUCUACACUCCAACUCCACCGAAUCAACCACCAUAACGCCGCCACACUCGCCGGAAACUUCCCCAUGACGACGACGACAAUGACUAGCAAUAUCUGCGUCCCCGAUAACCACUUCCAUUACCAUACCCACCCAGUGGGUCCCAACAAUAACCAGUGCUGCUCCGCCGUCGUCCGCUCCAUCUCCGCCUCCAUCGACACCGUAUGGUCGAUAAUCCGCCGCUUCGACAAUCCGCAAGCCUACAAAAACUUCCUCAAGAGCUGUCACGUUAUCGUCGGCGACGGAAAAGUCGUCGGUUCUCUCAGGGAGGUCCACGUCAUCACCGGCCUACCGGCGGCUUCGAGUAUUGAGCGGCUCGAAAUUCUAGACGACGAGAAAAAAGUGAUGAGCAUUAGUAUUAUCGGCGGUGAUCACCGGCUGAAUAAUUAUAGAUCGGUGACUACACUUCAUCGGGCGGCGGCGGAUGACGGCGGCGACGGCGGUAGAACGGUGGUGGUGGAAUCAUACGUUGUGGAUGUUCCACAAGGGAAUACGAAAGAGGAAACACGUGUAUUCAUUGAUACAAUUGUACGGUGCAAUUUGCAAUCGUUAGGGCAAAUCGCAGAGAAUUUAGAAAAAAAUAAAAGUACCUGACUAUCUAUCGAAAAUAAUCUUUCUAUAUUAACGUUAAUAUUGUUGUUGUUGUAAGAGUAUUUAGGUAAAUUGAUCAUUUUUAUUAUUAAUUGAAUACUGAUUAAAUCAUUGUACA